UUUGCUUCCGUCAUAUUCCAGUCAACAUCUAAUAACUUCACACCGCUUGUUCCUGUUUUAGCCGCCACCUGUACGCUCUCUAUUAUCAUCACCAUCUCCAAACUCCUUGCCCAACCCACCCAUCAUGUCCUGGUUCAAAAACUUGACCCGUUUCACUCCACCUGUCAAACACAAAUUCACUCACACAAACAACACACACCCUUUAUUCUCUUUUCAACACUUUUCAACAACAACACCACCUGUUGAAAAUGCUGCAUCUGGGUUGGGACCCACAAAAAAGCCCGACAAACCAAGAAUUGUGGUUCUGGGUUCGGGUUGGGCUGGAUGUAGAUUGAUGAAAGGGAUAGAUACUAGUUUAUAUGAUGUUGUUUGUGUGUCUCCUAGAAACCAUAUGGUUUUUACUCCUUUGUUAGCUUCUACUUGUGUUGGUACUCUUGAAUUUAGGUCUGUUGCUGAACCCAUUGGUAGGAUUCAGCCCGCGAUUUCGACCGAACCCGGUUCGUAUUUCUUUUUGGCCAAUUGUAAGAAGCUUGAUGUCAAUAAUCAUGAGGUGCAUUGCCAAGCAAUAACAGAUGGAAUACAUACACUAAAGCCAUGGGAUUUCAAGAUUUCAUAUGACAAAUUGAUCAUUGCAUCUGGAGCCGAGGCUUCAACUUUCGGAAUUAAAGGUGUCAAAGAGCACGCCAUUUUCCUUCGUGAGGUGCACCAUGCUCAGGAAAUCAGAAGAAAACUGCUUCUUAACUUGAUGCUCUCUGAUGUGCCUGGCAUUUCUGAUGAAGAAAAGCGUAGACUUUUGCAUUGUGUUGUUGUUGGAGGUGGUCCUACUGGAGUUGAAUUCAGUGGCGAGCUAAGUGAUUUUAUCAUGAAAGAUGUUCGUCAAAGAUAUUCUCAUGUAAAAGAUUACAUUCACGUUACUUUGAUCGAGGCCAAUGAUAUUCUAUCUUCGUUUGAUGAUCGCCUGCGGGUAUAUGCUACUAACCAAUUAACUAAGUCCGGAGUUCGUCUAGUUCGUGGAACUGUGAAAGAUGUUCAACCUAAGAAGAUAGUUCUGAGCGACGGAACUGAUGUUCCAUAUGGUUUGUUGGUAUGGUCUACAGGUGUUGGUCCCUCUUCCUUCAUAAAAGAAAUGGAUCUUCCAAAGGCUCCUGGUGGAAGGAUUGGCAUUGACGAGUGGUUAAGAGUACCUUCUGCGCCGGAUGUUUUUGCAAUUGGGGAUUGUAGUGGGUACCUUGAGAGUACCGGCAAACCAACACUUCCAGCUUUGGCCCAGGUGGCAGAGAGGGAGGGUAAGUACCUGGCAGAACUUCUAAACAAGGUUGGUAAGGCAGGUGGUGGGUAUGCUAACAGUAGUGGAGAUAUGGAACUUGGGGCCCCGUUUGUUUAUAAGCAUUUGGGAAGCAUGGCUACUGUUGGGAGUUACAAGGCUCUUGUGGAUCUCAGGCAAAGCAAGGAAGCGAAAGGUUUGUCAAUUGCGGGAUUUGCUAGUUGGUUCAUUUGGCGUUCUGCUUAUCUCACACGUGUUGUAAGUUGGAGGAAUAGAUUUUACGUGGCGAUAAAUUGGUUAACUACAUUUGUAUUUGGUCGUGAUAUAAGCCGGAUAUAAGCACCAUCACAAGGAAUACUUGCACUGGAGCAUACACACAUUGAAGAGCCUGGAUGAGUGUUUCACUUCCUUUUUGUUUAUAUUUUUUUGGACUUAUUACAUAAGAUCAUACGGUUUUUUGUAACCGCCAAAUACUGAAUUCUAAAGUAUAUACUAUUGAAUUUAUGAGGUUAUUAAUUUGAAAAUAUGAAGGUUACCACAAAGUUGGCAAUAAA